AUGUUUUGCACAUUAAGGUGCACUUAUUGCCGCCAUGCGCAUAAUCAGCACAAAUGGGCCGAGAUUCGAUCCAAAAUCGGCCACUACGUCUACAGUGAUCCAGAUGAUGAUUCCGUGCUGGCCAGAACGGAGCACCACCAGGUGCAGAAUCUCAUCAACUGGUCCUGGACCAAGGGUGUGAAUUUCGAAUGCAUUUUGGGCAUUAUUGCCUUAAGGCUGUUGUCCUUUGGCUACUCAGAUCCCCUCCAAUUCAACGUCUACGAUGAUCCGAAUUUUGGAGUUCUGGACUUCCUGGAUACCUUCAAUGCUCAUUCAGGCGCCCUGGAUUUGCUGACCUCAUCCUGGGCGGCAUUGCUGGCCGGGGGAUGGCCAGUCUUCAAGCAACUGCACCUGGUAAGCAAAAAGUUGAUAGAUGUUAUGGAUGACAGGCCAAUGAAGUAUCCAAACCUCCAAACACGUCCCAAUGAAUGUGACGAAAUGGACGCGGAAGAGGACUUGAAUUACCGCGAUGCUGUGGUCCAUGGACUGAAAUCUGGUGAGAUGCCGGCGCUCGGCGUCCACCUCCUGGCGAUCCGCCGUUCUUCGGGCUGCCCAGUAGGCACCGCUGUGGCUUUGCUUGGAGUCGCCCUGGAAAUGAUCCGCAGCCGCGGGAUGUACCAGGGCUCCCUGAAAGACUCGGGGAACUUGGUCUAUGCCUUGAUCCUGACAGCACAGGAUACGUUGAAUACCUGGGUGCACACGAAGAUGAAUUGGUCUCCAUUCUUCGACAUGCUGACCACAAAGUGGCCGAUUUGGGAGAUGUUAUCAAGCCUCGCAUGUGUUGACAGCACUCGACCGUGUGUGACUCGUUCUGCUCUUCAGUGCUAUGAUAUGUUGCAUCGGGAAAGUGUGGUGUGUCCACACCAGAGCCCGCAAAGUCGCAGCAUCUUUGUAGCCUGUGGAGAACAUGAUAUUUGCACAUGGCCAGACAGCUUCAGCAACCUCGAUGCAAAGAAUUGGUGCCUCAGCCACGAGCUGCGAGCGCCAUUGAAAGCUCGGCCUUGGCUUCGGGAACUUAAUCACGAUGUGGAGGAACGCGUGUGCAGCCAGUGUGGGCAAGAUGGAGUUCUUCGGACCAUCUUCCGGAACGUGGGUUUCCGUGAGCAAAGUCCAGAAAGGAGAAGUGCACCCUUCUACGUGGAGUUUGGAGCACGCAAACCGGGCAUGCUGAAUAGCGCCGUGCUGCGGGAGUUCUGCGGCUGGGAAGGUGUGCUUCUGGACUCUCAACCUGGCGAGACACCGCACGGUGGCUGUCCUCACUGUCCAGGAGUUUCGAUUGUCGCGACAGAGUUCGUGACAGCUGAAAACAUUGUAGAAUUGUUCAAGAAGUACAGUGUACCACAUGACUUUGAUCUGCUCACGAUCGACACGGACUUCAAUGACUACUGGAUUUGGCGCGCCUUGCUGAUGGAUGGCACCUUUCGACCACGGGUCGUAGCAGUGGACUUCAAUCCUGACAUACCCUUGCAUGAGGCAAAGGUUGUGAGGCCGGUGUGGAUGUGUUCAGCUGGCACAUUGCCAAAGAUGCAAUCUUAUGGUCUUGAAAGAUCACAUUUGCCUCCCAAUAUCUUUUUUUCUCCGACUCGGGCUCUUUCUACAGGGAGUUUCUGUGGUACAGUUGCGCUUUUGGGAUGCCAGGUAUUCUGCGAUGGCAGAGUGGGAUGGCACCAUUUACACUGUGGGUGGGCAUUCGUGUGGCAUUCAUUUGGUGCACUUUCAUUCACAAAGCAUCGACAGUUUUACUUCGAGUCUUAUCCCAAGCUGCUUGUAGUUGCCGCUUUGAGUUCUUUCUAUUUUUCUGUCUAUUUUGUUAUUGGGUGUUGGAUUCUCUUCAUUUGUCAAUUAUUGGUUUCGGCGCAGGGUCACUUCUGGCUUAUGCCUUGA